AUGCACACGGAGCCCGACACCGACAUGGACACGGACACAGAAACCACAGCACUCUGCCCCUCUGGCAGUCACCAGGUCUCCCCCCCAGAGACACCCACACCAGAAACAGAUGCCACAAUCCUGAAGAAGCCAGAGAAACUGUUGGCAGAGUUGGAUCGGGGUGGGCCACCCUCUGUCCCAGGGGCCCCCAGGAGAAGAGGCAGUAUGCCUGUCCCCUACAAGCACCAGCUCCGGCGGGCCCAGGCUGUAGAUGAACUUGACUGGCCACCUCAGGCUUCAUCCUCUGGCUCCUCUGAUUCCUUGGGCUCAGGGGAGGCAUCACCUGCCCAAAAGGAUGGCAUUUUCAAGGUCAUGCUGGUUGGGGAGAGCGGCGUAGGCAAGAGCACCCUAGCAGGCACUUUUGGCAGUCUCCAGGGAGACAGUGCUCAUGAACCAGAGAACCCAGAGGACACCUAUGAGAGACGAAUCAUGGUGGAUAAAGAGGAAGUGACUCUAGUUGUUUAUGACAUCUGGGAACAGGGGGAUGCUGGAGGGUGGCUACGGGACCACUGCCUUCAGACAGGAGAUGCCUUUCUCAUCGUCUUCUCAGUCACUGACCGCCGAAGCUUCUCCAAAGUUCCAGAGACCCUACUUCGGCUCCGGGCUGGGAGGCCACACCAUGACCUACCUGUCAUCCUCGUUGGUAACAAGAGUGACCUGGCCCGCUCCCGGGAAGUAUCACUGGAGGAGGGCCGCCACCUGGCCGGGACGCUGAGCUGCAAGCACAUCGAGACAUCAGCCGCUCUGCACCACAACACGCGGGAGCUCUUCGAGGGCGCUGUGCGCCAGAUCCGGCUGCGGCGGGGUCGGAGCCGAGCUGGAGGCCAGCGGCAGGCGCUGGGCAGCCCCGAGGGCCCCGCGCCACCGGCGCGCCGAGAAAGCCUCACCAAGAAGGCCAAGCGCUUCCUCGCGAACCUCGUGCCGCGCAACGCAAAGUUCUUCAAGCAGCGUUCCAGGUCGUGUCAUGACCUCUCCGUGCUCUGAGCUGCGGUCGCCAUGGCCACUGCGGUAGCCAUGGUCACCGCGCCCUUAGCUCGCACCCUCGCCCCGCCCCGUCUGGCUUUCUCUGUUGAGGCCGUCUAGGAAACCAAAACCU